AACAGUUAUUUUGAACAUGUUUUUUUUGUUGGCGCACAGAUAAAAAAAUUAAGUGAAACUUUGAAGAUGCCGAGUGAAAUAAUUACGCUACAACUGGGCCAAUGCGGCAAUCAAAUUGGUUUUGAGUUCUGGAAGAGAUUGUGCCUAGAGCACGGCAUAUCUCCGGAUGGAGUGCUCGAGGACUUUGCAGCCGAUGGCCAGGAUCGAAAGGAUGUGUUCUUCUACCAGGCCGACGACAACCAUUACAUACCGCGUGCUGUUUUAAUCGACCUGGAGCCGCGUGUCAUCCAGAGCAUUAUGACCUCGCCAUAUGCCAAGCUCUACAAUCCGGAGAAUGUGUUUCUAUCGAAGCAUGGCGGCGGCGCUGGCAACAACUGGGCCUCGGGUUUUAGCCAGGGAGAGCGCGUGCAAGAGGAAGUCUUCGACAUACUGGACCGUGAGGCGGAUGGCAGCGAUUCGCUUGAGGGUUUUGUGCUGUGUCACUCCAUUGCCGGUGGCACGGGCUCUGGCAUGGGCUCGUACGUGCUCGAGCGCCUCUCCGACCGCUUCCCCAAGAAACUCAUACAGACGUACAGCGUGUUCCCCAAUCAAGAUGAGAUCAGCGAUGUGGUCGUGCAGCCCUACAACUCGAUACUCACACUGAAGCGGCUAACGAAAUGCGCCGAUAGCGUUGUGGUGCUGGACAACACCGCUCUAAACCGCAUAGCCACCGAGCGGCUGCACAUUCAGACGCCAACAUUCACGCAGAUCAACAACUUGGUGUCCACCAUUAUGAGCGUGAGCACGACCACCUUGAGGUAUCCCUCGUACAUGAACAACAAUCUGAUUGGUCUGAUUGCACCGCUCAUACCCACGCCACAGCUGCACUUCCUGAUGACCGGCUACACACCGCUCAUCACGGACUACGAGACCAAGGCGAAUGUGCGCAGAACCACUGUGCUGGACGUGAUGCGGCGUCUGCUGCAGCCCAAGAAUAUGAUGGUCUCCUCCACGGCUGACAAGCAGAAUCGUCACUGCUUCAUCUCCAUAUUGAACAUCAUACAGGGCGAAGUGGAUCCCACGCAGGUGCACAAGUCCCUGCAGCGUAUCAGGGAACGUAAGCUGGCCCAGUUCAUACCCUGGGGACCGGCCAGCAUUCAGGUUGCUUUAUCGCGCAGCUCUCCCUAUGUGCAGACCGCUCACAAGGUCUCUGGCCUGAUGAUGGCCAAUCAUACGGGCAUUAGUGCGCUCUUUAAUCGCGCCCUGGCUCAGUACGACAAGCUAAAGAAGCGCAAUGCCUUUCUGGAUAAUUUCCGACGGGAAGAUAUGUUCAAGGAGGAUCUCACCGAGCUGGACUUGGCCCGCGAGACUGUCGACUGUCUGGUGCAGGAGUACGAGGCUGCCACGCAGUUCGACUAUCGCCAGUGGAGUCCACGUGUAGACCCCCCAAAGGGAAGGGCUUGAAUUGUGAAAUUCUUUUUUAGCUGUUUUAAGGUUUUUUAUACCCUUGAAGAGGGGCGACCUAAU